CUACUGCAGCUUUUGACCUAAGAGAGGCUGAGAAGAGAUAUCUUGUGGUGGGAUGUUGUCUCCACAGAAUCAUAACUCCUCCAUUAAGGAAAUAUGUCAAAUCCAGUAUGCAAAAAUACUAUCAUAACAUGAAGUCUUCAAAUCACAUAUUACAUACUCAGACAUUCCAUAAUUAUAUAAAAGACUACAAAGGACACAAACUUAACUACCGUAACAUCAACAACAACAGACACAGAGCCGCAGGGAAUAAGUAUGACUACAGGGUAUCCAAUCACGUAGACUUUGCCAAGCUGUUCCUACAGCCCUUCAUGGCACACAUGACAGGGUUUGAUGAUUCCUGUGACAUGUCUGCAUUGUUGGGGUUACUCUGUAAUGUGGCAGACUUCAGUCAAGAUGUCAGGGACGCAGCGUCUCAAGUACGGAGUGAAGUAAGGAACAAGUGGGCACACUGUGACUUCAGUGACUGGACACAGAUGCACUUCUUAAGAUGCUUCCAGCUGAUGGAAAUGCUGGUGAAGUCCCUGAAGUUACCCAGCGCAGCUGAACAGAAAUGUGUGCAGGAUCUGAGGGACUGGGAACAGAGAGGAGUGCAGCUGAUUUUGGGGCAAGUCAUUGACAAGGACCUAUUGAGAGUGGUACAACAGGAUGUGGCAGAAAUGCAGAGCAAUCUUGUCAAAUACAAUGAAUCAAGUGACAGUGAAGUGGAAAAGCUUGUAGAACAACUUAAAAGCAUGAAGGAAGUCUUGGCUCAAACAGAAGGAAAGUUUGAACAUGGUCAGGCAACUUUAAGAAAGGAUGUUGACACCAUUGGACAGAGUGUCACAGAAAUUGAAGGCCGUGUAACAACUUUGGAGGAUGGUCAGGGACAACUUGCAGAACAAGUACGUUCUCUUGAAGACAGGGAGGCAAAUGUUGAAAAAGAAGUAGGUGCAGUGGCUGAGAAGGCAGAUAGCAUGGAUAGAAGUCUAACAGAGUUCCAACAGAAACAGGCGGACAUAAAUUCUACUGUAGCAAAGGAGCAAGAAGUCCAAGAUGAAAGAUUGCAGACACUUGAAAAGGGACAAGUUAAGUUGGAGCAGAGGGUAGGUAGUGUGGAGUCAUGGCAACAGGAAGUUUCUGAGUCCCUGGCAAAAUUGCAAGUCACUGAAGAUAGGGAGGCAAGAAAGCCAGUCACAGGGUUGUUCAAGAUUCCUGAUCGGAAUAAGUGGUUUUCUGGUCGCCAAAAGGAACUAGAAGAUCUAGGUGCAAAAUUUAACAUCUUUGAGCAAAGCGGUAUUUCCCACAAAAAGCUUGCCAUCUGCGGUCUAGGGGGCUGUGGAAAGACAUGCUUAGCCAUUGAGUACUCGUGGAGAUUGCAAGAAACCUACCAAGGAGGAAUCUAUUGGAUGUCGGCUGAGAACAACAGGACCUUAGAGAUAUCUCUGAAUGACAUCGCACUUGGCAUCGGAACAGUUGGCUCUAACUUUGAUGACACGCUGGCCAGAACAACAGCAUGGCUGUCAUCCCUGCAGGAGCCAUGGCUCCUCAUUGUGGACAACAUGGAUGAAUUUGACGUUUCCUCUGAGGUACAAAAACUGCUGGAGGGUCACUGGAAGCAGAACUCCAAAGGCCACAUCUUGAUAACAACCCGUAGAGAAGCUGUUGAGAUGAUGGAGACUAUGGGAUUUGAGAGGGAUAACUGUGUAGAACUCACGAGUAUGUCAGAAGACGAGUCCUGUGCCUUCUUCGUUAAGAGAACACAGCAGCAGGAACAACCAGGGAUGAAGGAACUGGCCAGAGAACUGGGUGGCCUUCCUUUAGCACUGGAGCAAGCUGCUGCUCACAUCAAUGUCUUAGAGUGUGCCUUUGAAGACUACCUGAAGCAGUACAAGCAACAGAAACUGAAACUUCUUAAGCGACGUAAAGUUAAGGCUGUGACGUCCACUACCGACAAAGAUCGCUUGGCUGUGCACACAACUUGGUUGCUCAAUUUCCAACACAUCCAAAAAUGUGAGGACCCCAAGUUGGCAGAAGCUGCUUGUGCCAUGAUGAACAUCGCAGCCUACCUGGAUCCUGACGACAUCCCAGUCGAACUGGUCAAUAAGGGAGAUCCCUGUGUGAGCCAGUCACCACUAGCAGAAUAUGCCGAGUCUCCUCUUGGCUCAAAAGAGAUUUUUGAAGUCCUCACCCAGUUCUCACUGCUACAGAGGUACGGGAAAAAUUCCUGGUCUGUUCAUCGACUGGUCCAAGAGGUCAUAAUCAGUCGUUGCUCUGGUGAUAAUGAAAGAGUUAAGUAUCUGCAAAGUGCUUGUCGGAUGCUGCACUUUGCUUUCUCAAACACAAGCAGUCCACAAGAUGUCUUACAGCAAAGAAACGAAGAGCCGUCUUCUGGGAAACUCUUGCUGUGGGGUAAGCUUGCACGACAUGCUUGUGCUGUAUGGAGAAACAUGACAGCAAAACUCAGUAGCAAAGAACUGGUCUCCAGAUUGAUGCUGGCAAAAGAAGCUGCAGCAGUGACACACGAGGCAUCCAUGUAUCUGAGCUUGAACAAGCAACACACAGAAGCAACCCAGGCACAAAGCCAAACACUGGAGUGUGUUGCCAACACAGAAGUAACCGACAGUUUCAUGGCGUACAUCACAAGUGUGCAUGUUCCACUUAAAGAAGAAUACCAGAAGAUGCUUCAUGCUGAAAUGUCAUUCAGAGCCUCAGAGAAAGCAGAUGUCAAGGAGCUUGGAGAUUGCCAAGAGAAGCUAAAUGAAGACCCAGAGUCGCUUCGUCAGCAAGGAAAUGCUCUGUUUAAGAAGGAACAGUACUCAGAGGCCAUAGCUUAUUACACAAGGGCCAUCAACAUCAGUGGUGACAACGUUGAUGAACGCUUGUACAGCAAUCGGUCAUUGUGUUACUGGAAACUGGACCAGUACAAACUGUCUUUGGAAGAUGCAGACAAGUGCAUAGAGUUGAACAGCAGGUCAGCAAAAGGCUACUGCAGAAGAGCACUUGCUCUGGUAGAGCUAGUCGAGAAAGACCCUGCCUACUGUCAUUUUAGUGGUGCAGCAAAAGCUGCUGCUGCCUUAGCUAUUCACCAUGAGCCGAAAUUCAGGACAAAUGCUCAGAUGAAGAAACACUUUCACAACUUGAAUAUCAAAGUAAUUUCUACUUCAUCAGAAUUGAUUUCCUGCAUGCAGAGUAAACAGGACUGCACCAUUCUGCUAAAGGAAGGUGACUACUCGCUGGAUUACUUAGUGGUGGGUCUGAUGGCCAACGUUCAGAUUGUGGGUGUGCAGAGGUAUACCAUUGUCAAUUGCAAAGAAGGAGCCAUUGCAUGUACUGGUUUUCCACUGCUUGGAAGGCCUGUUUACUGUCACCUUGAAAACCUGCAUUUUCCACAGAAGUGUAUUGAACUGGUCGUACAGAAUGGUUUUAUCAUCACAACAAUGUACAGAUGCCAGGCAUCUAAUGGAAGAAGAGGCUGUAAGGAUUACCCAAACUGUUGGGGCGGUCCUGGGUGUGUGAACGACACUAGCACUUCUUGUGAGGAGGCAGAUGUUCAACCAACAAGUUAUCGUAAGAUACGGGGAAAGGGCGGUUUUGCAGGACUUCAGGUUCUCGGAGGUACUCUGUAUGUGGAUCACUGCAGCAUCGUAGACUGUGGAGGAGGAGGUCUGUUGGUAGAAGGAGAAGACUCACAUGCAGUGGUGACAAACUGUGAAGUGACGAAACACAUCCAGUCUGGACUGGAAGUCAGGAAUGGAGGAACUUUGAGAGCUACUGGCAACAACAUUCACAGCAACAGGAUGCAUGGUAUCACCGUGGGACCAGGUGCAUCUACUACACAUGUAGCUAGAAACCAUAUUCAUGACAACUUGGAAGAGGGUGUCAUCGUGCUCCAAAGCUCAGCUCUUACAUGUACAAUACAAGCAAAUCGGAUUGAGCAUAAUGGUGCCAGUGGGAUCUCAGUGGAUUCCAGUACCAUAGACCUUCAUGACAAUGAGAUUGCCAACAACUGGUGCUGGGGGCUUUUCCUUAAAACACACAGCACUGCAAACAUCUUUAGGAACCUGGUCCACUCCAACAAGUGUGGCGGCUUGAGGUUUGGAUUCAACCAAUUUGGAAGAGUGCUGAUUGAUGAAAAUGUGAUAAGAGACCACAUAGGUCCAGCUAUAUAUAUUAUAAAUACCUUCAACAAGGAAACUACAGAAAAGAUGCUAAAAGUGCUACCCAAAGAGGUAGGAGAGCCAUUCAUAGCCCCCCCUAUCAUCACUGACAGGAAUGUCUGUGAAAGGAAUGACACCAAGCAGCAGCAUCCUUCAGCAGCCAUAACGUGCCUCCCAGUUGGAUGUGCCUUCUGUGGUGACCAGCACAAGGAGACCAUGAGCUGUGGGAAGUGUCGUAAAGCACGUUACUGCUCAAAGGACUGCCAACUACAACACUGGCAACGACACAAGAUCGUUUGUAAAAUCAUCCAGGGCGGUUACUCUUUCAGAGUCUCUACAGAAGAAACAACUCAGAAAUUUUUCGCAAGUCAGCUUUCGGAUGGCUAUACUACUUCAAGAUCCUUUAAUGCUGAGUUGAAGGGCAUCGGACAAGGCACUCCCCCUGACAAAACAGGAAGAAGACGCUUCAUUGUAAAGAUCCAGUCAGGUUCUGAAUAUCAGCCAUACAAUCCUGAUUCAGAUCUGAUACUGUAUGACCAGACUACCACCCUUGACCUAAGCUUCAGGAACAGCCAGCUGUACCACAUCAUCAUGGAGUGUGGAGUACUGGGAACCAACCAGCUCUCAUCUAAGAAGAUCUUCUGUUACGCCAAGAUGGAGAACAACGGAAAAUAUGUCCGCGUUUACACAGAUCACCUGGCACCACUACAGGAGUGGUGAGAAGGUAUCGUCGUCUCGUUGGUAAGAAGUAGACUGAACAUCUAAGAUGACGAGGAAAAUCAGUCAGGCCAGAUGCAGAGUUCAGACACAGCUGUACUCACUAUUGUAGCGUGGAGUCCAGUUUUGUCGGGUUU